CCGCGGCAAAAUGGCGCCAAAGGCAAAACCAACGAAGAAACCUGCGUCUGAUCCUCAUGGAAUGUUCGCUGGAAUGGUUGUGUUAUUGAUUCCCAAAGGGAUUCAAGCUAGGAGAAUCCAGAUUUGGAAGGAGAGGUUGGUACAAAUGGGGGCUGCAACAGAGGAGCGUCUAUCCAAAAGGGUCACUCAUGUUCUUGCCGUGGACUCAAAUGCCCUUCUUCAGGAGUUGGACAGGGAGCGUUUGUCACGUUUUCAAGGGAGAAUUCUCCUUUAUCAAUGGCUGGAGAACUGUUUGAAAUCAGGGGAGAAACUAUCUGAGGAUAUGUAUGUAAUUAACUUGGAUCUUCAAGGUGAACAUAUACCGGAGAAGUGUUUGGACUCUGAACCAACUGAUCCAAAUCGAAGCACCUCUAGCGAUCCUCAGCAAUUACAUAAUAAAAAGGUCAAAUUAUCUUCUGAGGAUAUGAAAAUUGGAAAUCUUGAAAGUGAUGAUGAUAGAAGAGAAAAUGCACUACUUUCAUCAACAAGCACGACAAGCAGUCAUGGUGAAGUUGACAGUUUAAGUUAUGGAAACUCAAAAUCUCAACACCUUGGUGCUGAAAAUGAGGCAUCAUCAUUGACAUAUUCUCCACCUGAUCUAAACAAGAACAUAACAGAGAUAUUUGGGAAACUUGUGAACAUAUAUAGGGCAUUGGGUGAUGAUCGGAGGUCCUUUAGCUAUUACAAGGCUAUCGCAGUGAUUGAGAAGUUGCCAUUUAAAAUUGAAAGUGCUGACGAGAUAAAAAACCUGCCGUCUAUUGGUAAAUCAAUGAAAGAUCAUAUUCAGGAGAUAAUAACUACUGGGAAGUUAUCCAAAUUGGAACACUUUGAAACUGAUGACAAGGUGCGAACAAUAUCCUUAUUUGGAGAAGUAUGGGGUAUAGGUCCUUCCACAGCACUGAAAUUGUAUGAGAAAGGACAUCGUACAUUAGAUGAUCUGAGGAAUGAUGAUUCACUUACAAAUGCACAGAAGUUUGGGUUGAAAUACUUUGAUGAUAUCAAGCAAAGGAUUCCACGUCAUGAGGUUCAAGAGAUGGAACACAUUUUACAGAAGGUUGGGGAGGAUGUUUUACCUGGGGUUUUGAUUAUUUGUGGGGGAUCAUAUAGACGUGGCAAAGCUACCUGUGGGGACAUUGAUAUCAUUAUAACUCACCCUGAUGGAAAAAGUCACAAAGGAUUUUUGCCAAUGUUUGUAAAGCAUUUAAAGGAUAUGAAUUUCCUUAGGGAGGAUCUAAUUUUCAGUACUCACAGUGAAGAGGGAACUGAUUCUGGUGUUGACACUUACUUCGGUUUUUGUUCCUAUCCUGGACGGGAGUUGCGGCAUCGUAUUGAUUUAAAGGUCUACCCAAGAGACAUUUAUGCUUUUGGACUUGUAGCUUGGACUGGAAAUGAUGUAUUGAAUAGGAGGUUGAGACUGCAAGCAGAAUCUAAAGGAUUCCGGCUUGAUGAUACAGGAUUGUUUCCAGUUACUCAAGGAUCUGGUGGCAAGCGGGGUGCAAAAGGUAGUGCAAGUUUGAAAUUCUAUACUGAAAAGGAGAUAUUUGAUUUCCUCGAUUUUCCUUGGCAUGAACCACAUGAAAGAAAUCUCUAAAACUGUGGAGACAGUUUAUGUUAAGUGGUCUCCUCCUGCUUGAUUUUUAUGACUUCAGCAUUUCACCUUGUAGAAUAGGAUGGAUGUAUCUGGCAAAAGGCGUUUCGUUUCUGGUCUUGAAAGGUUUUUGUGUAAAUUUGUAUAUAUGUAGGAUGCAGGAUACGAGUCAACAUAUCUCGGGUCGAGUUUAGUAAUAUAUAUUUA